GACGAUCUGCACUCAACUCACCAGCCUGGCCCCUUCACCACAUGGCAAGUGGAGCAAAAAUAGUAGCCGUUAACUGAGGGUGUUUUUGGGAGCCUGUAUUUGGUAAUUAAAAAAAAAUAUUCCAGCUAAGAAAAUGUCCCAGUUACAGGCGAGGUUCUUCACAGAAAACAAAAGAUAUGUUGUAGAUGACGUCCCGUUCUCCAUCCCAGCGUCCUCUGAAGUGCAGGACCUCAGCAAUGUUAUCAAUAAGCUGUUGGAGGCAAAAAAUGUAUCUCACAAAAAAGUGGAUUUUGACUUCUUGGUCAGGGGUCAGUUCCUGCGAACACCUCUGGCUGAUCACAUGGAAACAGAGGGAAUAUCAACGGAAGAUGUGGUGGAGAUCGAGUACGUAGAGCGGAUCACAGCCCCAGAGCCAGAGGAGUGCAUGAUGCACGAUGACUGGAUCAGCUCCGUAGACGCCGACACUGAAUGGAUCCUUACCGGGUCGUAUGACAAGACCGCGAGGAUAUGGUCUGUGGAGGGCAAGGCUGUGAUGACAGUGGCUGGGCACACAGACGUGGUCAAAGAUGUAGCCUGGGUCAAAAGAGAUGGUCUGACGUCUCUGCUGCUGACGGCCUCUCUGGAUCAGACCGUGCUGCUGUGGGAGUGGAACUCCGAGAGGAACAAAGUGAAAGCCAGACACUGUUGUCGGGGACACACGGGAAGUGUGGACACGGUUUCAGCUGACCCCACAGGCUCAAAGUUCUGCAGCGGAUCCUGGGACAAAAUGUUAAAGAUCUGGUUGGCAUUGCCCUCAGAUGAGGCCGACGAGGUCGAGGAACCCGCCGACAGACCAAGAAAAAAACAGAAGACUCAGCAGCUGGGGCUGACCAGGACCCCCUUAAUGACGUUAUCGGGGCACAAUGAGGCGGUGUCCUCCGUCCUCUGGUGCGACAGUGAUGAGGUCUGCAGCGCUUCCUGGGACCACACCAUCCGGGUAUGGGACGUCGAGACGGGAAGAAUGAAGACCACACUGACGGGCAGUAAAGUGUUCAAUUGCAUCUCCUACUCCCCUUUGUGUCGACGGCUGGCCUCAGGCAGCACCGACAGACACAUCAGGCUCUGGGACUCUCGAACUAAAGGUACCACUGUGGCCACAGAUACUUUCAGAGUCAAGACCUUUUCCUCCUCUCGCCUCCCACACUCACCCCUUUCCUUACCAGAUGGAGCUCUCGUGUUGCUGUCUCUGACCUCGCACACCGGUUGGGUCACGGCCGUGAAGUGGGCACCGUCACAUGAGCACCAGCUCGUCUCUGGCUCUCUCGACAACCUGGUCAAGCUUUGGGAUGUCAGAAGCUGUAAGGCCCCAUUGUACGACUUGGCAGCCCAUGAGGACAAAGUAUUUUGUGUAGACUGGACAGAAAGCGGGCUCAUGUUGAGCGGGGGAGCAGACAACAAGUUGUACACGUACAGAUACUCUGCUGGUCCGACGGAUGCAGGGGCAUAGCCAAGUCUGAAGCAUCUGCCAAAAUACAGACACAUUGGAAGACCGGAUUAAAAAAAAUCCCUGUCAUCAAUCUCGGCCGUCUGAGUCGUUUCCCUGUUUUUUUACACAUAUUUUCUUAAGGCUCCUCUUUGUUUCCCUCUUGUCCAAGCACAUUAUAAAUUAAUUUUGCUUUCUCAAAUCACGUCUUGUUGCCUUCUUUUCUCACCACUUUGGUUUAUCUAAACAAAAAGAAAUGCAAUGGAUUUCA